AUGAAUCAUGAGAAGAACGAGGUAUUAAAUGUGAUUAGAACUGAGUUUAAAUAUAAAUUUUCAUUGCAAUCUUUGGAGAGUAAGAUUAAUGUCGGUUUGGAUGAAGGUUUUGCUAGGAUUCAGAAACAAUGUCUCGAUGCAUUGGAUGAAGAAUUCAAAGCCUUCAAGCACUCGAUUCCUGUGAUGCAAGCGGCUCCGACUCCUUUACCUCCCCCCGAACCUCCAGUCCUUCUUCAGAUUUCAAAUGUCGUCUUAAAGAACUUAUUCACUUCAGGUUUGCGGGCGGAUGUGAAGGAUAGAGCUCUUAAACAUCCAGACUGGUUUAAAUGCUCUACUAUUGAAGAACGUCAAGCAGUAGCAUUGAUGGCUUCCGAACAAGUCAUUCAUGUAAGCGCGAACAAUGCGUCUUUUGGCCAGUCUCAUGCGAUGCAGCGUGCGGCGUCUUCACCUCCGGUUGUUCAUGUUCCUCGUGAUCCGAAUGCAAUGGAUGUCGAUAUCCAUGCGGUGAACUCUCGGCGGCCUUUUCCUCCUUUACCAAGCGGUAUUACUUUUGGUUUCUUUAUCAAAUUCUGUCAUGCAAGAACUGUUUGUCAUCGCUGUUUAAAAGCUUACGAUUCAACUCAUAAGACGCCUGAUGGGAAAAGCGCUUGUCCUAAUCCACCUCCGAGAUCAACUCAGGAAAUUGAAGCUUUUAUGCAGCGUCAUCAAGCCAGACCGAAUGCAACGGUUGCAGCCUUUUCAACCCCUAAUGGACCUCGUGAUAAUUCGCGUGAUAAACGUCCCCCUUUCUCUUUUCAACAUUCUGUUCUUGAUGUCUCAGCGGCUUUUCAUCACUUACCAGUUCAACCGUAUCAGUUACCACCUCACUUGCAGCACUAUCAACAAUUUCAAUUUGGUCCUGCUUUGGCACCUGUACCCGCUCAAGUUUUGCCUCUUCAACACCCAGGUUUGCCAGCAGCUCUUGGGAUGCCUAAGGCGCUAAGUGUGACCGACCCUGUUCAGCAAGUUUCGGCUUUAUGCUCGGCCUAUGUUUGA